AUGGCAAUGCCACGCUGGAAAAAAAUGUGCACGUCCAAGCAAUCGGUAGAUCCAUAUAUCCUGGUGGUCGGCGGAACGGGGUACCUGGGCAGGCACGUCGUGGCGGCGAGCGCGCGGCUGGGCCACCCCACCUUGGCGCUCGUCAGGGACACGGCCCCCUCCGACCCCGCCAAGGCGGCGCUGCUCAAGAGCUUCCAGGACGCCGGCGUGACGCUCCUCAAGGGCGACCUGGACGACCAGGCUAGCCUGGUGAGCGCCGUCAAGGCUGCGGACGUGGUCAUCUCCACGGUCGGGGCGCCGCAGAUCGCCGACCAGACAAGGCUCGUCGCCGCCAUCAAGGAGGCCGGCAACGUCAAGAGGUUCAUCCCGUCGGAGUUCGGACUUGACGCGGACCGCUCGGACGCCGAGGAGCCGACCAGGUCCAUGUUCAUCACGACCAAGGCGGCGAUCCGCCGCGCCGUCGAGGCUGCGGGCGUCGCCUACACGUACGUGUGGACGGGCUACUUCUUCGGCUACGGGCUGCCCGGCAUCGGGCAGGUGCUGGCCCAAGCACCACCCGUCGACAAGGCCGUCAUCCUCGGCGACGGAGACACCGAAGUGUCGUUCGUCGACGAGGGGGACAUCGGAACCUACACGAUGCUGGCGGCCGACGACCCGCGCGCCGAGAACAAGACACUGUACAUCAAGCCCCCCGCCAACACGCUGUCGCACAACGAGCUGCUGGCGCUGUGGGAGAGGAAGACCGGCAAGACGUUCCGGCGGGAGUACGUGCCCGAGCAAGCCGUGCUCAAGCAGAUCCAAGAGUCGCCGAUCCCGGUGAACAUCAUCCUGGCGAUCGGGCACGCGGGGUACGUGCGUGGGGAGCAGGCCGGCUUCGAGAUCGACCCGGCCAAGGGGGUGGACCGUGGACGCCAGCGAGCAGUACCCGGAUGUCAACUACACCACCGUCGAUGA